AUGGCCUCAUUUGCUACUAGAUUUGUCGUUGCCUGCUUUCUGUUCUUUGCGGCGUCCGCGCACAACGUCCUUCUUCCAGCGUAUGGCCGCAGAUGUUUCUUCGAAGACUUGAACAAGGGUGACGAGCUCUCCAUUUCGUUCCAGUUCGGGGACCGGAACCCUCAGUCCAGCAGCCAAUUGACCGGUGACUUCAUCAUCUAUGGGCCGGAGAGACACGAGGUUUUGAAAACCGUCAGAGACACCUCCCACGGCGAGAUUACGCUGUCCGCUCCAUACAAGGGUCACUUCCAGUACUGCUUCCUGAACGAAAACACCGGCGUCGAGACGAAGGAUGUCACUUUCAACAUCCAUGGCGUCGUAUACGUKGAUUUGGACGACCCGAACACUAACACGCUUGACAGCGCCGUUAGAAAGCUGUCCAAGCUGACUAGAGAAGUCAAGGACGAACAGAGUUAUAUUGUUAUUAGGGAAAGAACCCACAGAAAUACCGCGGAAUCCACUAAUGACCGUGUGAAGUGGUGGUCUAUCUUCCAACUGGGUGUUGUUGCCGCUAACUCUCUUUUCCAGAUAUACUACUUGAAAAGAUUUUUCGAAGUCACAUCCCUAGUCUAA